AUGUUUCCCUGGGCCCUCCGCCACCUCCCAGGACCACACCAGGAGAUGUUCAGGUACAAAGAGGCUGUGAGGGGCUUCAUCCGCCAAGAGAUCAUCAGGCACAAGCUUGGGGCACCCGAGGCCCCCAAGGACUUCAUCAGCUGCUACCUGGCCCAGAUCACCAAGGCCAUGGAUGAUCCUGUCUCCACAUUCAACGAGGAGAACCUGAUCCAGGUGGUGAUCGACCUGUUUCUGGGAGGCACCGACGCCACAGCCACCACCCUGCGCUGGGCACUCAUCCACAUGGUCCAGCACAGAGACGUCCAGGACAGGGUGCAGCAGGAGCUGGACGAGGUGCUGGGCGCUGCCUCAGCUGUCUGCUACGAAGAGCGCGAGCACCUGCCCUACACCCGCGCUGUCCUCCACGAGGUACAGCGCCUCAGCAGUGUUGUGACCGUGGGCGCCGUGCGCCAGUGUGUGACCUCCACCCGUGUGUGCGGCUACCCCAUGCCCACGGUCACCAUCAUCUUGCCCAACCUGGCCUCCGUGCUGUAUGACCCUGAGUGCUGGGAGACCCCUCGACAGUUCAACCCUGGCCACUUCCUGGACAAGGAUGGAAACUUUGUGGUCAAUGAGGCCUUCCUGCCAUUCUCUACAGGGCAUCGGGUAUGUCCAGGUGACCAGCUGGCUCGAAUGGAGCUCUUCCUGAUGUUUGCCACCCUCCUCAAGAACUUCCGGCUCCAACUGCCAGAGGGGAGCCCGGGGCUCAGGCUGGAGUACAUCUUUGGGGGCACUCUGCAGCCCCAGCCCCAGGAGAUCUGUGCAGCGCCCCGUCAGGGCAGCCCCAGCCCAGGUCCUCGGGCAGAGUGCCUGUAG